GGCACGUAUUGUUUGGCACCUGUCACCGUGACCGUCCCUUGCCAUGGCAAUGGAUGUGCCUCUUCAUCCCAGUGUAAGGCUGGACAGGCAACCUCUUCAUCCCAGUGUGAGGCACUUGCCGCCGCACGUGCUCCGCUCGCCGCCCAAAGUCUCCGCGGCGACGGUGGCCACGGCCGCUGCCUGCGCGAGGUGGGCGAGAGCGACACGGACAAUGCAGCUGCCGGCCACGCGGGGACUCCAUGCGCGAGCUGCACGAGUGGCCAGACGCUGCGAGUGGCCGGCAGGCGCGGGACCCGACGUGCCUGGCUGCGGCAUGGUGUCUGCUGGCGGGGUGGACCCUGACAGGCCAAAGGUGAACCAGGAUGCCUGCUAUGUGGCCAAGCUUCCGGAUGGACGCUUGCAGGCCAUGGUGCUUGACGGCCAUGGCAAGAAGGGCCACGUCGUGGCCGGCGCGCUGAAGGCGCUGCUCCCCGCGCUCGUGGCGGAAGGCGGCGACCUGAGCGCCGCCUUCCGCGGCAGCGACGCCGCGCUGCGCGCGGCGGGGCUGGGGCGGCCCGCCUACGCCUCAGGUGCCGCGGCCAUUGCGGCGGUGAUCCGGCAAGGUGAGGCCGCCUCUCCCUGGGAGGUACAGGUGGCCUGCUCCGGCGACUGCAGGGCCUGGCUGCUGGAGAAGCUGGACGGCAGGUGGCAGGGCCGGGCCGCCUCUGAGCCCAGCAGUUGCGAGGCGAUAGCUGAGAAGCAGCGAAUCGAGGCGACUGGCGCCCGCGUGGCCAACGGCAUCCUCUGGGCCGGGCCCAUCGGCGUGGCCAUGUCCCGAGCGUUGGGUGACCUGGCACUGCGGCCCUUCGGACUUCUGGCAGAGCCGGAGCUUUCGGAGUUCUCCGACACCACGGAGGGCUUUUUGGUGCUGGUCAGCGAUGGGCUCAGUGACGUGCUGAGCGCCGCAGAUGCAGCUCAGAUCGCGGCCAGCUUGGAGGAGGACAAGAGCGGCCUCUCGAUACCGGAAGUUCUGGUGGCCGAAGCGCGGCGAAGAUGGCAGGCUGAUCUUCCGCUUGACGUCCGAAUAGAUGAUACUACUGCCGUAGUUAUCCCUCUUCUUUCAAAUAUAGAUUGAAAACAC